GAGAGUAACAAAAUACCAGUCAUAAAGAAACAAGACAGAAUGGCAGACAUAAAAGCAUUGGAACAUCCAACUUUAAAAGUUCCAUAUGAAAUAUUGAAUAAGAAGUUUCGUUCAGCACAGAAGACAAUUGACAGAGAAAUCUCACAUGUACAUACAGCUAGCAGUGACAUUGAGUCCUGUCUGGAGGAGAAAAAGAAAAUAAAGGAUGUGUCCAGAGUAAUUGAUAAUAUGGUAGAAAAACUUUGUCUUUUGAAAAGAAAGGCUGAUGAGAGUAUAAAUGAAGAACUUGAAGCAGCCAGAGUUAUAAAGAGACGAGUAGAUCACCUUAAAGAAGCUGAAUUACUUCAUCCUCACACUAAACCUUUGUGGCACAAAAAAAGAUUAGACAGAAUGCUGGUGGAAUACUUUCUUAGAGCUGGGUUUUACAACACAGCUAUCAAACUGGCUCAGCAGUCAGAAAUAGAGGAUUUGACAAAUAUUGAGCUUUUCCUGACUUCCAAAAAGAUAGAAGAAUCUUUACAAAGGAAAGAAGUUGUACCUUGUCUUACAUGGUGUUAUGAAAAUAAAAACAAAUUGAGGAAAAUGAAAAGUACCUUAGAAUUUAAACUGAGAAAACAAGAGUUUAUAGAACACAUAAGAAACAGCAGAUGUUUAGAGGCAGUAAAACAUGCAAGAAAACAUUUUUCUGUAUUAGAAGAUGACCAAAAACUAGCAGAGGUUCAGAGAGUAAUGGGUCUAUUAGCAUUCCCGGGAUGUUCUUCCAAAUCACCUUACAAAGACUUAUUGGAUGAGAAUUCCUGGGCAGACCUUGUGAAACAAUUUAGAUAUGAAAAUUUCAAACUCCACCAACUUAAUACAGAUUCUGUGUUCACGAUUACCUUACAAGCAGGUCUUUCAGCAUUAAAAACACCAAUGUGUUACAAGCAACAUGCAAUGAGAAAAAGCUCUGACUGUCCAGUCUGUAACUGUCAACUGAAUGAACUGGGGAAAGGCUUACCAUACUCACAUUGUGCUAAUUCUAAAUUGAUAUGUGCUAUCUCUGGACAAGCUCUCAAUGAGCACAAUCCACCAAUGGCAUUACCCAAUGGUCAUGUUUAUGGUUAUAAUUCGCUGAAUGAGAUGGCCGAUGGUAAUGAUGGUCGAAUUGUUUGUCCACGAACAAAGGAGAUAUUCCAUAUAGAUGAAACAGAGAAAGUGUUUGUCAUGUGAUUGUUUGCUCAUGAACAAGAGAGAUAUUCCACAAUAAAUGAAACAGUCAAAAUAUUUCUUUUAUGAUGUGUUUAUCGUGACACAGAUUCAGUUCACACAUUACAUUUAUUUGUCUUGAGAUGUCUGGUGUAUAAGGACGUGAUAUAUAUGAAAUGUAAAUGUAAUCUAAUAUGUAUUGCAUUGUAAUCAAUUUUUUCUUCAUUUAAACCUUUAUUUUCAUUCAAUAUAUUAUAUCAUUUUGCUUUUGAAGCAUUAUUUUUUUUUUCAUUUUAAGUAACAGACUAUAGGAAAACACACGUAGAAAGACUUUAUAUUUGUAUGAUUCAUAACCAGUGUGAAAGAGUUAUAGUCUCAGAAUGUCCAUUCUAGGUCAAAUUUGGUGUUUGAUUGCAAACUAUGAUUGUCAGGUCAGUGUUACAUAUAUAUCACUAAACAUUCUCAUGUGUGAAGCUACAGACAGUGUAACAUUUAUGAACCUGUGUUGACAGGACGCUAGAGGAAAUUCAUAACAAAAAUGUGCAACACUUAAUUGCGAGAAUAUUGUUACCUGGUACAAGAACGAAUCUUAAUCUUUUAUGAAAAAGUCAGUGUUUUCCUGAAAAUUAGUGAAGGAUGUUGAUUGAAAGAAUGGUGGUCAUGAAUAAUAAAGGAAGAUGGCUUAUAAAGAGUAAUAGGGAGCUUCAAAUUUAAAAGGAUUGGGAAUUAAAUUAAUGGAUGGGCACCACCAUGCAUAAAACCUUUAGGGAAAACACAGUAUAAAGUGUAAUGGUACAGUUCUUGUAAAUUUUAGGGAAAUAGUGAUUACACAGACCAAAUAUUUUUUAUAAAACACAUUUUCUGUUGUUUUGGUGUCUGCAAUGUCUUGAAACUAUAAUUUUAUGGAACUAUAAGUUUUCCAAUUAAUGAAUGUACAUUUAUGGUCAACAGUUUAUUUACCUAGUGAUUUACAUCUGAACAAUUAGAGAAAAAAAAGUUUUGUGCAGACAGAGUGUUUACUGAUUAUGUCUAAACUGUUUAAUUGCUUGUUUAUUUUUGUAUAGAUUGGUUGCAUGUUUAUGUAUCGCUCAUAUUUUUUGUUCAUUUGAACAAAUUAUCAGUGUACUCUCUUCAUACAUGUCCACAUCCAACUCACAAGAGACACAGCCAUUUUAUUUUGUGUGCAGGUGGAUAGUCUUAACUUUGUGCAAUAAGAUGAAAGUGACAGGACCCAUUAUUCAUGCAUCAGUCCAGUGACUUUGAUUAAUUUUAUAUCUGAUGUAAACAUUUGUGUUCGACGAGUAAUUUCAGUUAUCAGAUACUAAAUCCGUAACCCACUUUCAUUCAUUAACUCCAAAUUCAGUUCUUCAAUACCAAAUAAGCUGCAAACAUAUAGCUUAAUGUGAGGUUGAAUACAAUAUAACAACUCUUGUCAAAAGGUGACAUUUACCUAUAAAGUCAUGAACUUCAUUGAAUUCAAUUACAUCUUACAUUUGAUCUCAGAUAUGAAGGAAUCUACAACCAUAUAACUUAGUUUAUAGUUUCAUCUUGGUGAGAAAAAUAGCUUCAAUUAAAAGCAAUUUAAAUAAUAAAUGGUUACACAUAUUCAGAUUUUCAUUGCUCAAAACCAGUUCUUAACUUUUCUCUUUUUGCUUAAUUUGUUUUCCAAAUGCAAUAUACUUGUAUUUAAAAUUUAAAAAUUACCUAUAUGUCAUCUACUGACCGAAAGGAUUUUAGCAAACCCAUCAUGUUGGUAGUUUCUUUAUUUUCUUGUAUGCCAGGUAGUCUGCUGUGAAGAGUUGUAAACAGAUUUUGAUAGUUUAUUUUGUUAGCAGUAUUCUUCAAUAAAUUACCAUUAUAAAAGUAAGGAUUCUACUGAAAUAUUUAAGACCAGGUAAAUUAACUUUAUAUCAUUUCAAUACAAAAUAUGAUGUGAAACAAGUGAAUUUGGUAUGCAUAUAGAAUGUAAUAAUUUUGACAUAAUUAUAAUAUAUAUUUAGCAAUGCCACUGGAUGUAAAUCAAACUACAUUCAAUCACUUAUCACACAAUAACAUUUGUUGGUUCAAAUGUUUUUCAUUUUCAAGACUUCAUUUUAUAUUUUAUGUUCAGUGUUGGAUAACAUAUAUUGAUGUGCAUCUAGUCAUUAAAUUCUGCUGUCAGAUCAAA